CUGAGUGAGAUUCCGGGCGAGUUCCAGCGCAGGGUCUGAUCUCCCCGGAGUUUACGCCGAAACACGUCCCCAAGAGCGGCCAAGACCCGCGCCUCCCACCGGCCUCACGCACCGGGACCGAACCAGAACUAAACCCGGACUUAUCACGGACUCAACCAGGACUAGUCGAUCCCGAAGCGGACGGGGGAGUGAUGGAGGGAGCGCAGAAGAGGAAAAAACUGCCCUGAUCUCCCCGGCAGAAGAGGCCAGAGGACGGGGAGAAAAGCCGCACCGAGCCGGGCGCACGGGGACUGCGUAAAGGCGCACGGAGCGGACUUUUGGAGCGGACUUUUACGCACGUCGCCGCGGGGUUUGGGGGAAGGGAGCGCGGGGGGAGGCGGUUUGGAGACCGGAGAGGAGCGCUCCGAGGUUAUUCACGGGGCAUCGGAGAAACGGAGGGCCGCGGGGCAUCAUGGGAACUGGAGUCCUCAUCUGCGCCCUGCUGCUGUGCGCCCCGACCGCAGCCCUGCUCCAGACCCAGCACCUGUCGUCGUACCACCUGACCGUCCCUCGACCAAUCGGAGGGCGGCUGAGGCGGGGCUUGGACGGAGCGCCGCCCAAUCAGGUGUCGUACGUCAUAAACGUGGAGGGACAGGAUCAUGUGGUGCGUCUCCACAGGAACACGAUCCUGCUUCCUCCAGACUUCACUGUGUUCACGUACGGAGAGGACGGCUCCGUACGUCGCUCCACCCCCCCGGUGCAGGAUCACUGUCACUACAGCGGAGUCGUGGACGGGAUGGACGGCUCCUCUGUGGCUCUGAGCGUCUGCGAUGGACUCAGAGGAGUUCUCCAUCUGACCGACCACAGUUUUGGGAUUGAACCUUUAAACCAAGACCCAGACUCCGACCAGGACCAGGAUCUAGACCGGGACUCGGGGCAGCACCUGGUCUACCGCCUAGAGGACGUGAUGUCACAGCCGAGGGGGUGUGGCUCCGCUCACCAUGACGACCACGGGAACGUCACCGAGCACGCUCAGUCCGGACCAGAGGAGAUCCACCACAGACCGCACGCCAGGAGGAGGAGGGCCGUGCUGCACCAGACUCACUACGUGGAGCUGCUCCUCGUCGUCGACAACGAACGGUUUAUCUUCAUGAACCAGAACGACACGGCGGAGGAGGAGAUGGUGCAGCUGGCGAACCUCAUCGACAGCAUCUACGUGCAGCUGAACGUGCGCGUGGUCCUCGUGGGGCUGGAGAUCUGGACGCAGCAGAACCCCAUCAGCACAGAGGGGGGCGCCGGGGAGGUGCUCAGCCGAUUCACGCAGUGGAGAGAGAAAGAGCUGGUGCCGCGGCGACGCCACGACUCCGCCCAGCUCAUCCUGAAGAAGUCUUUUGGAGGAACAGCGGGGAUGGCGUUCGUCUCCACGGUUUGUUCACGGAGCCACGGAGGAGGCAUCAACGCUUUUCCGAAUCGUCACGUGGCCUCGUUCGCCUCCAUCGUGGCUCAUGAGCUCGGACACAACCUCGGGAUGAACCACGACGACGGGCGAGACUGCACCUGCCCCAGCCCGGCCUGCAUCAUGCACUCAGGAGCCACUGGCUCUCGUGACUUCAGCAGUUGUAGCGCAGACGACUUUGAGAAGAUGAUCCUGUCUGUGGGCGGCUCCUGCCUCCUGAACGUGCCGCGCCCGGACGACGCCUACAGCGCCCCCUUCUGCGGCAACGGCCUCGUGGACCACGGCGAGGAGUGCGACUGCGGCUCUCAGAAGGAGUGUGAGUCGGACUCGUGCUGUGAGUUUGGGACGUGUCGACUGAAGUCUGGAGCCGAGUGCGCCUACGGAGAGUGCUGCCGCAACUGUCAGUUUCUUCCUGGAGGAACAGUUUGUCGUGCGAGUUUGGACGAGUGUGACCUCCCAGAAUACUGCAACGGCUCGUCCCCCCUGUGCCAGAGCGACGUCUUCGUGCAGAACGGUCAGACCUGCAGCAGCUCCGAGGCCUUCUGCUACAACGGGAAGUGCCAGACCUACGACGGACAGUGUCAGGGAAUCUUCGGCCCCAAGGCCAGAGCUGCUCCUGAGAUUUGCUUCAAAGACGUGAACAGUAAAGGCGAUCGCUUCGGAAACUGUGGCUACUACAACUACGGCUACAAGAAGUGUGAGAGCAGACACGCUCUCUGUGGGAAGCUGCAGUGCUCAAACGUUCAGUCCACCACCGUGUUCGGGAUCGAGCCGUCGAUCAUCUCCACGCCCAUCGGAGGAACCAAGUGUUUCGGAGUCGACUUCAGACUCGGAUCAGACGUCCCAGAUCCAGGGAUGGUCCAGGAGGGGACCAGGUGUGGGGACAACAAGGUUUGCAUGAACUUCGAGUGCCGCAACGCGGACGUCCUGAACUACGACUGUGACCCUCAGAACAAAUGUAACGGACACGGGGUUUGUAACAGUAAUAAAAACUGUCACUGUGAGUCUGGGUGGGCUCCGCCCUUCUGUGAGUUCAAAGGUUACGGAGGCAGCGUCGACAGCGGCCCCACGUGGAACGAUAAGGACACGUCGCUGAGGGACGGGCUGCUGGUUUUCUUCUUCUUGGUUUUGCCGCUCGUGGCUCUGGGGGCGUUUGUUUUCGUGCGCAGGAAGGAGCUGCUGAGGCGGGUGGGGCUCGGGCGGAGGAAGAGGUCGCAGGGAUACACAGCCGACGGAGCCGCAGCCAAUCAGAGAGGAGCUCCCCCCAGAGCCCCGCCUCCUGCCGUCGCCCGCGGAAACAACAACAUCGUCCGGAACGAGCACCAGACUCAGCUGCUGCCUCCACACCCGCAGGUGGUGGAGACGAACAGAAGUGCUCCGUCCUACUCCAGACCUCCUCCUCCUCCGCUGAAGCCCAAACCGACCGCUGCAGCUCAGCCUCUGGUGCCUCUAAGACCCGCCCCCGCUCCUCCUGUUUAACCAAUCAGGACCCUGCAUCUCCAGCCCUUUAACCAAUCAGGACACAGCUUUGGACCUGUUGAACCAAUCAGGAGCCUGCAACCACUUAGCCAAUGAGGAUAAACCAGCCCGUGUUCAGCCAAUCAGAACGACUCUUGGGUUCCUGUUUCAACCAAUCAGGAAGUUUUUUUUUUUUUUUUUUACUCAACUGUUUAACCAAUCAGGAUGACUCGCCUCCUCUGGUUUAACCAAUGAGGACGCAGCUCUGAACUAGUGUGACCAAUCAGGAGCCUUCGUCUGCACUUCUUCAGCCAAUAAGAAAACCACUUUGUCUUUUUGUUUUGGACCAAUCGGGACGCACGAGUUUGAAUCCGUCCAAUCGCGUCCCAGAUCUGGGGCGGGGUUUGUCCUGUGGAGCCUGCUGAUUGGACGACGCGGGCGCAGGUUUCCCCAGGGGGCGGGGUUUGUUCUGUGGAGCCUGCUGAUUGGUCGGCAUCUGGUUUGGUUUUGGUUGUUUUUUGAAUGUAUCGUACCACUGUUUUUGUGCUGCUGGGACGCGCCCGUCUCUUUAAACCAGAUGCCCCGCCGCAGACGCAGGCGCAGACGUCAGCACGAGACGCUCAAGGACUAUUUUAUAUAAAAAUCAGCAUAAAAAAUGAAAGUUACUGCAGAGUGAAGCGCGGUUUUGUGCAGGAUUAAGGUACACAGUGUUCACACUGGUCUGAGCCUCGGUCUAGUCCUGGUUUAGUUCUGGUCUAGUCCUGGUUUAGUUCUGGUCUAGUCCAGGUUUUGGUCUGAACUAGUGCAGGGACUUUCAAUUCUUCAGUGGGAGUCGUAUCUUUGGGAUCAGUUCAUUUAGAAAAGCCAUUCAAGAGACAUUUAUUUUUAUUUUUAUUGUUUUAUAUUCAACUCCUUUUAUCCACUGAACCAGACCGACUGUGUUUGUUGAAGCCGGACGUACACUGACACUUUUCUGGGCCUUUUUGAGUCGAUUUUUCACUCGUGCCAUUAGGGGUGUAAUGAUAUUGGUGAUAUCACGAUAUUGUUGUAGUAAAAUUGCCACGAUAUUGUUGUGGUCUCGUUACAGUAUUAAACUCUGAGUCUUUAGGCAAAAAUAAGAAUUUUCAGUUGCUCCUGUGAUGCACAUUAAACUACAUGGACCAUAAUCCUUUGCGGUCGUGUCAUCGGUCUGUGCGCUCACUGUGGACGCACGAGAGACUUUAAGUCUGAGGUCUAGAAACAUUUUGUUUUUGUUGUGACAUGAAACAAGAAAAGAGAAAAGGUGACGGACAAACACAGACACAACGCAGCCUGAGGUUCACCUCGAGAAAAACUACAACAGGAGAAGUCACGUGAUAAACCCACACGCCGAGAAUUUCAGUCAGGCCAAAAAACUCUACGUGAAGCAUUUACAACAGCUCAAGAAAUAAACAAACACAUCACAGAAUAUAAAGCCAGUGAUUUGCAUCACUUAAAAAGUUAGUGGAUAAACUGGAGCCGAAAUAUAAAAUGCCGUCACAUUAGUUUUUUUAGUUCCUACCAGGAAUAUAAUCAAAUAUAAAUGGAGUAAUAAUGUGUUUAAUGCAGCAUUGAGCACAGUUGUUUAAGUUUCACAGAAAUGAAACUUAAAGCCACAUGACUCAUUUGCAUAAGUCUGAUCAAAUCAGCUCGCUCCUCAUGCUGCUGAUGCUUCUGUCGGACUAAAGGACACGACUCAGUGAGGCGCAGACUGCAGUCGCUGUAACGCUCCAACAUCAAGAGGAGCAGCUUUGUAGUUUAUCAAAGUCAAACUAAAACAGUUUAUUUGUUACUUGAAUUUUGCACUUCAGCUUCAAAAGAUUUUCAAGUUGUUCAAAAAGUCACUGAUCUGAAAAUGAUAAUAAAUGUUUUACCAAAUGAUGCUCAAAGUAUUUUAUAAUCUCACUCUUGUUAUUAUGUAGAAAUAUCAUAACAUGAGCCUCCACAUCUUAUCAUGAGCUUUACCACCAUAUCUCAAUAAAUAUCGUACUGUGAGGUUCAGACUGUGACGAUAUCGUAUCGUGACACUUGAUAUCGUUACACCUCUACUGUUUUCAUGCUUCGUGUAGUAACGUGAGGUAAUGAGAACCGAUUAAUCCCUCACAACCAGCUCCUGAUCAACAACCGUACAUCGCAGGAAUCAAACCUGUUUGAGUCCAGUCGCCUCGUGAUGGUUUCUCUCUGUUCAAGUCGUUCAGUUUGAGAACAUGAAUCAUGAGCUGUGAACAUUUAAACCCUGAGAUUUGGUCGAACGGUUUGAGCUGCGGCUGAGUCAAACCAUCCAAAACAUGGCACAGUGUACGUCCGGCUUUAUGUAAAAAACAGAAUAAUGCAGCACGUUUGCAAAAAGAUCUAAAGAUCUUGACAUUUCCCUCAGAUCGGUCUGUCACGGUAAACACUCUAACGACGCAUCGUUCAACACACAACAGACGGAGUGGGAUUUUUUGGGGUCAGAUGUUCUUGUUUCAGACGACAUCACAACAUUCUACAGGGCGAUAAUGUUUAGUUCAGUUUGCUAAAAUGAAAGCUGUUCAAAUAUAAACUUUUGUUGUGAUACAAGAAGUUACUGUGGCCAGUCAAAUAUAGGCUCUGCUCACGUUUACUGGAAAACGUUUGGAAACACGCAGUGAAACUCCCUGUGUAGUUCCCGACUCUGGGCAUGUGAUAAAGUCGUGGAUUCAGAAGCAGCGUCUUCACAACUUGCCAGAAAUUUCCACGAGAGACGCGACUCUAAUCGUCUAAAUGCGUCUUCAGGUCGUAAAUGUUGAUCUGACAAACAGAACGGAAUGCUCCCACGACGUCUCUUUUUCUUUCUUUUUUAAAUUAAGUUAGACAAAUUAUAAAACACAAAUUAAUAAGCAGUUUAUAAAAGGAAAAUAGAAAGAAAACAAUGACAUCUAGAAGAAGAAAAGCAGGACAUUUUCUCAGUUUUCUCAGAUUUUGUCAGAGUUACUGUCGCCAACAGAACCCAAAAGAAGUCCACAUGUUUCCAAACGUUUGCCGUGAACAGAGACGGUUUGUAUUGUGAGGAUUUUGUCUUUGUACCAGUGAAAUACUUUAAUUUCAAUAUUAUCGUCUGUAUUUUCCUCAGUAUUAUACAUCAUACUUCAAACUGUG